AUGGAAGCAGUCGAUCAUUCAUCUUCCGACGUUCGAAAUCGAAUUGCAGUUUUAUUAUCAAUCUCGAUUUCUUAUGAUGUGACUUUAUUCAAUGGACAAUCGACACGUCAUCCAAGUAGUAAUCAAGUCUUUGAUGAUCUACGAGAACGUUUCCAUCAAGCAAUUGGAAUCUAUGAAAGAACACCGUUAAGUACGUGCAAAUCUUUCGGUAUUUCUGUUCUUGAAUGGAAAGAUUUCCUAGUGAAUAUCUCCGA